UUUUCAUCCGAUUAGAAGUCACGUUUUGAAUCUUUAGAAUCAUCUGCUCGAACAUUCGUGUAAAGUUAUUAUAAACAAAAUGAAGUGAUGUGAUAAAGUAGUACAGCUAAGAAACUUUGCUCCAAGGAAAACUUUGAAGUGAAAAUAGGCGGAAAGCCUUGAAAUUCUAUUUCAGUGUUAGAUGGAUAAACUAAAAAGAAUACUGUCGCAGAACACCACGAUGCCGAUCGGCAACGUCAGCAAGGAGACAGGGCCUAAGAGGGAGAACUACAGGCCUCCGUGGGUGAAGGACAAGGACUCAGAGGCGCCCCCUCCGUGGACCCAGAAGAAGUUGAAGCCGGUUGAAGUGGCGAAGACCGUUGAAGCGGAGAAGACCGUUGAGGCUGAGGAACCGGCCAUUAAAGCACCGAAGCCUUUGAAACCUGCACUGAAGAAGCAAGCAACUAUACGCGACAAAUCAGAAAACGGAGUAUCAGAGCCUGUUGAAGACAAACUUGUCAAACCUUCGGCGGCUAAACAAGCAGACAAAGCCUCAAGACCAGCAGAUGAAAAACCAAGAUUCACAAAAUCCAGUCUAAAAUCUGCAGAAAAACUAAAAUCUGAAGACAAAAACGAUAAAGCACCAGAAAGGCCCACACUAAGAAGCGUAAGGACUAUAGAUGAUAAAGCCAAAGAGAAAUCCGUAACUAUAGUAGAUAGAAAAUCAGCAGACAAAAAUGGUACGGCAAAAUCAAAUUCGGUGAACGAUAAGACAAAUGACAAACCUGCUACAAAUUCUGUUAAAGAAAAAGAAACUAAACCGGCAGCAAAAGCAGCUGCCACUCCCAAAGUAGAGGAAAAAGUAGAAGAAAAACCCAAAAUGGCUACGAAACCACCGACCCCACUAGAAAAGACUCCGUCUAAGCUACCACCAAGGAAACCUUCCCUCGUGAAGCAGGCGUCCAAAGAUGAGCCAGUCAAGAAAUGGAGGGAUCCUCUUCAUGAGCGAGUCAAGGAGAAUAUUGACAAGACCCUUGCCAACGAGAUCCCCAAGGGACACACGCUUACCAAGAAUGAAAGCUUAAGAAGCUUACUGAAGCCCACGCCGCCGCCGAUGCCGCCGCCGCUCCCGCCGAAGAUGCCGCCACCGCCGGACUUCAAGAAGGCGCCGGUGGACCCAACCAAGCUGAAGAGACUGGAACAGCUCCGCAGCAGGCCAAGGAAGCGGCCUGACUGGAGCGACAUGAUGAAGGAGGUGGAGCAAGGCAGAAAGCUGAAACAUGUAGUUUGUAAUGACAGAUCAAACCCCAUAAUCACCAGAGCAGCGGUAGUGAAGAAUAAGGAUCAAUUUAUUUUCGAGUCAGAGAAGCCGAACUCCCACAAUGAGCUUCUGAAAGAAAUCAAUAAAGGUAUCAAACUGAAGAAGGUCAAAACAAAUGAUAGGAGUAAACCAAAUCUGGAGGGUCUGAGGAAGUUCAGGAGACAGAUGACCAUCGAGGAACAAGUACAGAAGUCGAUGUCUCAAGCUAACAUUGCCGCUUCACCAUCAGGAGUUUCUGUUGCUGAGGUGCCGAGUGCAGAAGAAGAAGAAAUUGAUGAAAUGGAUGAUAUUGAUAAGGUCAGAGACGAUUUGCAAUCAACAAAACAAUUGCUUGCAAUCGAACUUAGAAAUAAGGAGGCACAAGAGAGAGAAAAUAAACGUUUGUUAACAAGAAUACAAAAUCUCGAAGCAGAAUUAGCAAGAGAGCGAGCUAUUAUCAAACAAGAACAGCAUAAAACAGUUAUAUCGGUAACAGAUGCCUACGACGAAAGACUGGUCAAUAACCUAAAGAUGGAGGUCGAAAAGACAAAAGAAAACGCUGAUAAUUUAGAAAAACAGUAUUUAGAAGCAGCAGAAGAAAGAGAUACUGCAUUGACUGAAUUAGAAGAAGUGAAAAGAAGGAACGCAGAAUUGGAGAAAAAAUUGGAGCAAGCUUUAUCGAAUAAGAUCGAAGAGAUGUAUUUAUCAGAAGAACCUUUAUCUUUCUACCAAAAGAGGCAGUUAGAGUUUGAGAAGCAAUGUAGGUUGUUGAACAUAGACAUAAAUUCUCCUGAGGCUGAAAAUUUGAGGAGAACCGCUUCUGACGCUAAUAACAACUUUGGUACUUCUGCUGCUUAUACUAAUAGUUAUAACUAUGAUAAUGAGGGUAUCAUGCCGACGAACGUUGGAUCUAGAAGAUCAAGUCAUGCGAUCAAGCAACUGUCUGUCACCAAAGACGACAGCUUCGAGGAAGAAGAAGAAUCUGAACCAGAGGAGGAGGAAAGCGAGGAAAAGAAACAAAAGAGGAUAGAGAAGGAAAUAAGGAAUAUGAGGAACAAGAUCAGACACUUGAAGGAGAAGCAAGACAAUAUGAAAAGGGAGCGAAUGGCUUUCAAGGUGGCCCUGAAGAACCAGCAAUACGCUCUCAAGGAAGAAAAACGAAAGUACAAAGAGUUAAAAUGCGAAGUAGACAAGAUGGCAGCGAUGAUGAAAGAGUGCGGUUCAGAUGACGAAGAUGAAGAAGACGAGGAGUCCGAAGAAGAAGAAGAGAAGAAGAGUGAGACAGAAGAAGAGGAAACUGAAACAGAAACAGAGCAGGACACGGAGAGUGAAACUGAGAGCGAGAGCGAGCCAGAGGACGCGCCGUUACCAAACAAGAAAGAGAACUUGUCGAAACGAGUGAAAAGGCACGAGACCAGGGUUCACGCGUUGAAGAAAGGCAACGCUUUGCUCAUGGCCAACGUAGACCGCAUGAAGGAUGACGUGCUCAAGCAGAGGGAGGAGUCUAUGACCCUGCAGAAGGAGCUGGACUCCUUGAUCGAAGAUUUGGAAUAAACUGAACGCAAGAUGGAUAAAAGGAAAUCACGUGACCAAUUUUUCGGUGUUCACAGUUCACAGCAGUGUUUUGCAAAUCCGGUUAAUUUUAAAACUCACAAACAGUAGGUCAUAGUUUCUGAUAGUAUCUAAAAAAGAUUUUCCGAAAUUAUCCUGGCCUGCCUGUAGAAUUUGAUUCGAAAUUGAUUUGUGAUGUUUGAUUGAUGUAGUAGGUACCUACUCCAACUAAUUCUGGUUUGAACAGAUUAAUAAAGUACGAAACAGCAACAAACUGUAACAUCGUCUACAAAAAAUUGGUCUAGAGUGUAAGGUGUUUGUAUUUUCGCUAACGCUUCGAACUUGCGAAACUAUCGACUCUAUCGAUAUGUGAACGGUUCUAAACUACGUAGUUAUAAGACAAACUUAUCCAUUUAAGA